GUAUCAGCUGAGGUGGGAAUUAACAGCCCCCAUCAUGCCCUUCAUCCCUUGUAACUCCACCCCUAGCUUUGAGCUUUCCCCGGAUGGAGGAGCCACAGGAGCCUCGGUUGACUCGUUGAUGAGCCAGACUCAAGUUGCGAUCGCUGUCAUCAAGCACAGGAUAUAGUUCACAUCGUUGUUCCAGCACUCCGGUCGGACGUACUUCUCUGCGUUUCGCGACUGUACAUUACCCUGUACAAACAGCCAUUGUCACAACUGACCCGUCAUGUCCUCAUAAUCGCACCCAGUCGACCGCCAUGUCCUCCCCGAAGUCCCGUCUGGCCAACCUGGUCGGGCAUUUCCUUCCCUCCUCUACCUCUUCUUCUGAAGGCAAAUCCAUCGACGAUCUGGUAGUCGACGGCCGCAAGGUCGGCAGUUCGUCGUGGUACAAUCACCACACUCUUUCUCCUUGCUUCUUUCUUCCUCGCGCAGCGGCCAUCGAACCCAAUGCGCUGGCAAUUUAUCACCGAACCUCGAACAACAAGAUCCUGCGGCGGACGUAUAUCGAGUUCGCUGAUCGCGCUCGAGGAUUCGCAUAUUACGUGAAAAAGAAGGGGUACAAGAGGGUCGGAAUAUUGUGCACAAAUACGCCUGCUUUCCUCGAGGCCAUCUAUGGUAUUGGAGGGGCAGGUGCGAUCAACAUCGCCAUCAAUUAUCGCUUGAAAAAGGACGACAUUGCGUACAUAUUCGAUCAUGCAAAUGCAGACGCGAUCAUAGUGGAUGCCGAGUUCGUCGAUCUUCUCGACGAUUACAGGCAGAAACAUCCUGAAGUGCCCAUAAUUAUCGACUCCGACACGGACGCCGUGGAAGGACAGCUAUGCGGACCCUUCGAUGAAGCCGUGUUGGAAGGUCUUCAGUAUGAUCACGAGCAUGGUGCUCACGGCUGGGAAGGCCUUGAGGCACAGGCACCCGACGAGCUCGCGGUCAAUGCACUGGCAUAUACAUCUGGAACGACUUCCCGACCCAAGGGUGUUGAAUACACCCACCGCAGCUGCUACCUGGCAGCCUUGGGUAAUGUUAUCGAAUCAGGCCUCGCCUAUCAUGAUGGAGACCGUUGCAAGUAUCUGUGGACGUUACCCAUGUUCCACGCCAUGGGCUGGACGUUUCCUUGGGCGGUAACAGCAGCAAGAGGAACACACUAUUGUCUGCGAAAGAUUGAUUACCCCGAGAUAUGGAGAUUGCUGAAAGACGAGGGUAUCACGCAUUACUGCGCUGCGCCAACGGUAAAUACCCUGCUCUGCGCAGACUCAAAUGCAGUCCAACUGCCAAAGCCAGUGCGGGUGACAGUCGCAGCAAGUCCACCAACAGCCCAUUUGUUCGAGCAGAUGACCAAUCUCAAUUUGCACCCGGUGCAUGUCUAUGGAAUGACCGAGACCUAUGGUCCGAUCACGAAAGGAUAUAUGAUGCCUGAGUGGGACCAGCUCCCCAAUGUCAAGGACAAAUACGCCAAGAUGGCUCGUCAAGGACAUGGAUUCGUCACUUCCCUACCUUGCCGAGUGAUCAAAACCGAGGUACCCGAAGGGACCAUUGUGGAUGUCGAGAAGAAUGGCAAAGAGAUUGGCGAAAUAGUCUUUAUCGGCAACAUUUGUGCAAGAGGGUAUUAUAGAGAUGCAGAAGCAACCAGGAAGUUGUUUUCCGGUGGCGUCUUACAUUCGGGUGACUUGGCUGUAUGGCAUGAGGAUGGAGCCAUCCAGAUUCUGGACAGGGCCAAAGAUAUCAUCAUCUCCGGCGGUGAAAAUAUCUCUUCCGUCGCUCUAGAGUCCCUGCUUGUCACCCAUCCUGACAUGCUCGAAUGCGGCGUUGCGGCUGUCAGCGACAGCCAUUGGGGUGAACGGCCAAAAGCCUUCAUCACAGUCAAGCCGGGUUCGAAAGUCACGGGCGAAGAUAUCAUCAAAUGGGCACGGGAACAUCCAGGAAUCAGCAGGUUCAUGGUCCCACGCGAGGUUGAGAUCGUCCCUGAGCUGCCCAAAACGAGUACAGGGAAGAUAAGGAAGAACGUCUUGAGAGAGUGGGCGAGAGGCGCAAAGAGAGGAGGAGAAUAGACAACUCUGAGGAGAUUUUGGACAUCUCAUAAGAAUCCAUGCCGUGAUUCCCCAUUGUUGAACUUCGCGCAGGCGUUGUCGUGGUAGCGAAUGUCGAUAUCUUCCGUCGCAGCCUUGAAGCUGCGAAUUGUUCACUAGAAGCAGGUAUGGAAUGCCAUGGAUAUCAGCAAGUCUCUGGUGGAAUGACCGAAACUUGCAUCCUGUGAGAAUGCACGAACAUGUCCUCAAGAUCAC